AUGCCUCUCCAGCUCUUCCACUUGGCCACCCUGUUCCUUCUCCUCGCGGCCACCGUCUGUGCCGACGACGGUCGGCAGUUCGCCUACAAUGGCUUUGCGGGCAGGAGCCUCGACCUCGACGGCGCGGCCGAGGUCACGCCCAGCGGCCUCCUCAUGCUGACCAAUGGCACUAUCCAGCAGAAAGGCCACGCCUUCCACCCGUCCCCGGUGCCGCUCCGCGCCGCGCGCUCCUUCUCGACGGCCUUCGUCUUCGCCAUCUUCGGGCAGUACAUUGACCUCAGCAGCCCCGGCAUGGCCUUCUUCGUCACCACGUCCAAGGAGGUGCUCGCCACCGCGCUGCCGGGCCAGUUCCUCGGCCUCCUCAACGCCACCAACAACACCAACCCCAACGCCCACAUCUUCGCCGUGGAGCUCGACACCCUCCUCAACUCCGAGUGCCGGGACAUGAAUAGCAACCACGUCGGCGUCGACGUCGACAGCAUGGUGUCGCGAGCAUCCGCCGACGCCGGCUACUACGACGACGCCACGGGCCGGUUCCAGAACCUGAGCCUGAUCAGCAGGCAGGCGAUGCAGGUCUGGGUGGACUACGAUGGCGCGGCAGCCGAGAUCACGGUGACCAUGGCUCCCCUGGGCGUCGCCAGGCCCAAGACGCCCCUGCUGCGGACCGCCGUGAACCUCUCGGCCGUGGUGCAGCACCAGGACACGGCGUACGUCGGGUUCUCGUCGGCCACCGGAAUCCUCUUUGCGCGCCACUUCGUCGUCGGUUGGAGCUUCGCGCUGGACGGGCCGGCGCCGACGCUGAACAUCUCCUCCUUGCCCGCCCUGCCGCCCACCGGGCCCAAGCCACGGUCCAGGGUGCUGGAGAUCGUGCUGCCCAUAGCGUCGGCGACGGUGGUUCUGGCCGUCGGCAUCGCCGCUUACAUCUUAGUCCGACGGCGACUCAGGUACGCGGAGGUCCGGGAGGACUGGGAGGUCGCCUUCGGACCCCAGCCCUUCUCCUACAAGGACCUGUACCAGGCGACCAAGGGGUUCAGCGAGACCAACCUCCUCGGCGCGGGAGGCUUUGGAAGCGUCUACAAGGGCGUGCUCCGCAAGCCCGACAUGGACACGGAGGUGGCCGUCAAGCGGGUGUCGCACCAGUCGAGGCAGGGGAUGAAGGAGUUCGUCGCGGAGGUCGCGAGCAUGCGCCGGCUGCACCACCGCAACCUCGUGCAGCUGCUCGGCUAUUGCCGGCGAAAGGGGGAGCUUCUCUUGGUCUACGAUCACAUGCCAAAUGGCAGCCUAGACAAAUACCUCCAUGAUCCCAGCCCUGGCAAGGCUACAUUGGAGUGGCCUCAGAGGUUGCACAUCAUCAGGGGAGUGGCUUCAGGGUUAUCCUACCUCCAUGAGGGUUGGGAGCAGAUCGUCAUCCAUCGAGACGUCAAGGCAAGCAACGUGCUCUUGGAUGGCGAGAUGAACGGGCGGCUAGGGGAUUUCGGCCUAGCAAGGCUCUACGACCAUGGGUCCGAUGCGCGGACCACACACGUGGUCGGCACCAUGGGCUACCUAGCCCCUGAACUAGGACACACCGGCAAGGCAACCCCGGCUACCGAUGUCUUCGCCUUCGGUGCGUUCCUCCUGGAGGUCACCUGUGGGCGGAGGCCGAUCGAGGAAGACGAGGAAAACAACCGCGUCAUGCUCGUGGACUGGGUUGCCGAACAUUGGCGUCAGGGUUGCAUCACUAAGGCGGCAGACAUUAGGAUGCCAAACAGCUUGGGUCUUGACCAGGUCUCUCUAGUCCUAAAACUCGGGCUUUUGUGCUCCCAUCCUUUGCCCAACGCAAGGCCAACCAUACGACAAGUCAUGCAGUACCUCGAUGGCGACAUGCCCCUCCCGGAGUUUUCACCAGAGUACCUCGGCUCAACCAUGCUGGAGCAGAUGUACAGCGCGGAGUUUUUUAACAAGAAUGCAAUGUCAUACGUGUCAUUGGGUGUCAUUUCCGAUCUCUCCGGAGGAAGGUGA